UACACUUCCGGCACGUGAAAACCAGAUUUGUAAAGAAAAUAUGUAAUUCAAGUUAUUUUUUGUGUGAAAAUGGCUAUAUAUCACGAUGAGGUGGAAAUUGAAGAUAUGGAGUAUGAUGAAGAAACGGAGACGUACUAUUACCCUUGUCCCUGUGGAGACAGAUUUGAAAUAACGAAGGAAGAGUUAGAAGAUGGAGAGGAUGUUGCAACAUGCCCAAGUUGUUCCCUGAUAAUAAAAGUGAUCUAUGAUCCUGAAGACUUUGCAUCAGGAGAGAAGAUUGCCGCACCUAGUAGAAGUGAUGCUGAGUUAGUUAAACACUAACACAACUGUGUCCCACUUGUUUAGUGAAGUGGGACAUUUGACAGGCCGUGGACUUCAGGGAAAGAGGCAUACAAUGGUGGAUGUUCUGUCCACAUCAAGUGAGCUAGAAGUCUGGAGAAGUCAACCCAUCCUCGAUUCCAAGAUUCCCAGAUUCCAAGAUAAUUUUAAAACAGAUAUAAGGACAUAUAGAUACAACUGUCAUUGAACGUGGGUUUUUAAUGGCAAUAGUAAAACACUUGAAAAGAGAGGUGUUAAGCCUCCCAGUAACCACAGGGCAAGAUACUGGAUUUAACACAAAUUUUAUCCCAGUCUAAGAAAAUUUGAACAACCUGUCCAGUUAAAAGCUUCUUUCACAGGCUGUGAUGAAUGCGCACAAGAUUUAAACCUCACUAAAUUUUAUUUAUAGUAAAACUUAUGAGAUCUAAGUAGCACCUCUAUAGUAUCUGUUUUUUUAAUGCACUGUAUGUUCUUUAUAAUACUACUGGAUUUGAUUUUGUUGGUCUUAGUCU